UAGCUUUCUGUGUGCUUAGGCGCCCGAGCUACUGAGGGUCUAAGUCCGGGCAGCCGAAGAGUGUGGUAGGUAACGGUCGCCAGCGCAAGGGUCAUUUCGUCGCUGGGAAGGGACGGCCCUCGCCCGCGGUGAUGGUGUCGAUAGCACGGUAAAGGUGUGGUGGUGCUUGCCUAGAGGAUUUAGGAGGGAAUGCUUUGUAAGUGCUCUGUGUCUGAAAAUGCGUGUUGAUGUUCAGGUUAGCAAGAUGAACAAAGAUGCGCAGAUGAGAGCAGCGAUUAACCAAAAGUUGAUAGAAACUGGAGAAAGAGAACGCCUCAAAGAGUUGCUGAGAGCUAAAUUAAUUGAAUGUGGCUGGAAGGAUCAAUUGAAGGCACACUGUAAAGAGGUAAUUAAAGAAAAAGGACUAGAACACGUUACUGUUGAUGACUUGGUGGCUGAAAUCACACCAAAAGGCAGAGCCCUGGUACCUGACAGUGUAAAGAAGGAGCUUCUACAAAGAAUAAGAACAUUCCUUGCUCAGCAUGCCAGCCUUUAAGAUUGAAUUAGAUUGUGUUGUUUUGUGGUCUUAUUUCUGAAAGUAAAACUUGCCAUAAAUUAGGAAUCGCUUUCCCAAAAUAAAAUCCUUUUUUGUAUGAUGGUAUACAGUUUUCGGUAAUGAUGUAUACAUUGUAUUGAUUUUUUUUCCCUAAAUGUGUUAUUUUAAUAAAUAUCUCAUGAAUGAGUUUGAAGUUUCCUUGGAUCUUGGAAUAAAUGGGACUUUUCAACAAUGCACCAGAUUUGUUGAGAGAAAGUCAUCAAAUAAUACAGUUUGUUAAGUAUGUACAUGUUUCUGUGCUAACAACUGAGGAGAAAUAAGCUGCCUCUUCUGAUUGUCUAGAUAUGGUGUGUUUCUCUGAAUCCCUAUACUAUUUUAUAAUACAUGUCCCAUCUUGUACUACAGUUGUCUUAUGUGUUAUAAACUCUGGGAGUUAGGACUGAGUCUUACUCAUCUUUAUGUGCCUUCCUUAUUCCUCAAAGAAUUUACCAUCCUAUUGGAAGAGAGAACAUUUGCAAACUGGCUUCAUACCAAGCUCCUCUCACAUAUCUACUCAUCUGAACUUUGAAAACAGAAACUCUAAAUUACAUCCCCACAUACUAAGGUCAAGGAAGAACUUAAUGGGAAAUAAUCUGCACCCAUAGCUUUACUCUGACAUCAAGAUGGCCAAAUCCAAUGGACUCUUGUCUGUACUUAUGUGACCUCUGCUGGAAACUGAGAAUGUUGAGCAUCCUGCCACUGGGACUUUCCUCCCACUCCUCACAGUGUUUAUUCCUACCACUGGAAGUUCCUUCUGUUUCUCGUGGAGUACCUUUUGCUGUAUGGGACUGGAAAUAAUGGUAUUUCUUAGGGCUUGCUCAUGGGCCCUCUGCCUGACUAAUGAUACGCUUUUCCUGGGAAAAUCCCAGGAUACAGGUCGGACCAUGACUUCAAAUACUAACAGGUCAAUAAAUUGUAAAUUGCAUCACCAAA